AACAUGAGUUCGACGGCGGGCUUAAGUGUGCAGGAUGUUAGCCGUUCACUGCAACGUUUCGGCUUGGCGGAUUAUCUAGUGUUCGGCGCCAUGUUGGCGGUCUGCAUUGGUAUAGGAAUCUUUUUCGGAUGGAAGGAUCAUACCAAGCAUGCCAGACGGCAAAGCAUUCGGAGAGGGUCCGAAGCACUCGACUACCUUGUCGGAGGAAGGCGAAUGAAGAUUUUCCCAGUGGCAAUGUCGUUGAUAGCGAGCUUCGUUUCUGGGAUUGCCCUUAUGGGGGCCUCCACCGAAACUUAUUUGUAUGGCAUGCAGUUUGCGUACAUAUUCUUUGGAAUUGUGGCGAUGGGAUUUGCAAUGUACUUUAUCUUUCUACCCGUCUUCCAAGGGCUCCAAAUAACGUCGGUGUAUGAAUACUUGCAGAUGAGGUUUGACAAGCGGAUUCGUUUGAUGGGAUCUGUGAUGUUUACAGUAGCAACACUCUUGCACUUACCAAUCGUUAUCUUCGUUCCAGCGUUGGCAUUCAAUCAAGUUUCGGGGAUCAAUAUUCAUUUCAUAACAUCUGUUGUCUGUACAGUUUGCAUUUUCUAUACAAGUGUUGGUGGCAUCAAGGCCGUUGUUUGGACCGACGUAAUCCAGACCAUCAUAAUGGUCGGUGCUUUACUAUUGGUGGUGCUGAAAGGAACGGCAGAUAUUGGAGGACUCGGGGUUCUCAUUGAGAGAAAUCUAGCCAGUGGAAGGAUUGAACCUCCCAAAUUAAGCUUUGACCCCACGGAACGGACUACAAUCUGGGCGAUUUUCUUCGGCGGUGGAUCGUUCUGGAUUGCGAAAAAUUCGAUCCAUCAAAUGAUGAUUCAGCGAUAUCUUUCGUUGCCGUCCCUCGCCGAUGCUCGGAAGGCUGUGACUCUAUACACGGCUGGGAUAAUUUGUAUAAUGAUGACCUGUUUCUACAACGGUCUACUGAUCUAUGCAACGUUCCACGACUGUGACCCAUUGACUACCAAACUGGCGACACAAAAAGACCAACUGCUUCCAAUUUUAGUUAUGAAGGUUUUCGGAGAUUACCCCGGAAUGGCGGGACUUUUCAUUUCAGGAAUUUUCAGCGCGUCGCUGAGCUCUCUAUCUACCGGGUUGAACUCCUUGGCUGCUAUUGUACUAGAGGACUUCGUUAAACCGUUCCUUAGCAAGGAUUUGACAGAACGAAAAACGCGUUACCUUAUGAGAGGAACUGUGCUUCUGUUCGGUGCAGUGGCUGUUGCACUUGUGCUGAUUGUGGAGAAACUCGGCACCGUCCUUCAACUCUCCAUGAGUUUAGUUCCCAUAUCUUUGGGGCCGUUGCUCGGAGUGUUCUUGAUAGGAAUACUACUUCCCUGGAUCAACGCUAAGAGCGCAUUCGCUGCAACCUGCACAGGACUGUUAAUCAUGUCUUACAUCGUUAUUCGAGCACAAAUAUCCAUAGCCAUGAAAGAAAUACUGCAUCCAAUUAAACCGCUCUCGGUGGACGGUUGCGAUUACUUUUUCAACGCCACUACAGUACCGGUGGAUGAAUCUGAUCACGUCCCGGUAGAUAAGUCCAUCCAUCAUAUAUCAUUUCUAUACUACACACUGAUUGGAGUACUCAGUACAACCAUUUCAGCUUUGUUCUAUAGUAUCAUUUGGGGACGUCAGAAUCUGGUAGACUUAGAUCCUCUGUUGGUAGCACCGUUUUUAAGAAACUCACUCUUUCCCAAAAGAUCCACAGAAAUUACCACCAUUGUACAUAGUUUUGAAAAAAUUGAUACAACAUUGUAAAACUAGAUAAAAAUGAAUGAAAUUGAGCAUUGUUUACUCAUAUCCUUGCGUGUGAUAUAUUAAUGUUUUACGACGUUUCCGAAACAUCAAGGUUGAUGCCAGGGAACUAAAACAUACUUAUGUGUUAUUGAGCACGAGUCCGCUAUCAAAAUAUUAUCAAAAUGAUAACAAAUUGAGUUUUCGAUAUCAUAACUAUAACAUAUUUUGAUAUAGAAAUGCAGAGUACUUUAGCAAAUAUCAUAAUUUGAUAUUAUUUUGAUAACUGAAAAUAAUAAAUAGAGUCCGUAUUCUAUAAACCACAUGAAAACAAAUUUGAGGCCAUUCGCUU